AUGGGUCGAUCACGUAGUCCAUCGAAUAAAAAACAUAAACAUAGAAAAUUAUCACGAGAUAGAUCGAAAGAUCGAAGUAUGACCAGUUCAUCACAACGACAUAAAUCACGUUCACCUGAUCGAGAAAAAAAAUCAAAACGAUCUCGUCGUCGAUCAAGUAAUUCAUCAAAUGAUGGUCGUGAAGAUUCAAUAUUAUCCAUAGGUCGAAUGGCAAGCAUAAAUGAAUUAGUCGAUUUAACAGCUCGUAAAAAAGCGGAAGUUGAACGAUUAGCUGAACUUGAACGAGAACGCAUGCAAUUAUUGCGUCAGAAAGAAUCUCGCGAAAAUUUAAUACAAUCUGAAGUUGAACGACGUGUUAAAGAUAUUGUUGAAACACGUGUACGUGAAGAAUUAGAACGUCGAAAAGAUGAAAUUGAAAAUGAAGUUAAACGACGUGUUGAUGUACUUAAACGAACAAUGGAAAAACAAAUGUUAAGUGAACUUGAAAAACGAAAUAAUGAUGAAAUGAAAAAAUUAAUUGCCAAAGAAGAAGAAGAAAGAAAAAAACGUGAAGAUUUAGAACGAAUUUUGACAGAAAAUGAACGUAAAUUAUCCGAUGCAGAAAAACGUAUUGCUGAUGAAGAAGAAAAAUUACGUACUGAACAAUUACGUUUAAUGGAAGAUCGAGAACGAUUUGAACGACAAUUAGGCAAACAACAUGCAAAAGAACAAAAUCUUAUUUUAGGAAAAAAUAAGACACGAGAAAAAAUUUCAUUUUCAUUGAAUAGUGCACGUUAA